UCGAAGAUCCCUUCCUGGCACAGCAGCCUGCAGUCCCCUGCAGACAGCACUCUGUGGGUGGGAUGAUGACUGGGAGGCGCCUGCCCUCUCAUUUACCCCGUUUCCUCCACACCUUUGUUUACACCUACAGACCGGUCAAGUCCAGGCGGAAGAGCAGCAGCUUUGCACAUUUCCCUCCCAACAACAACAAUGUCUGCUUCUCUGCUCACUUUUGUGCUGCUCUUCACACUUUCUCGGUCCUCGAACACGGUGCCUCCUGCCCAGCUCGGGCCGCCGUCGCUCGGCUUCAGCUCGUCGGUGCGUUCGGUGUGCAAACCCAUCCCCAGCACUCUGUCUCUGUGCCACGGCAUCGGCUACAGACGCAUGUGGAUCCCCAACUUGCUCGGCCACGACUCCCUGAGAGAGGUCCAGCAGCAGUCGGCGGCCUGGCUGCCCCUCGUCUCCAAGCUGUGCCACCGGGACACCAAGAAGUUCCUGUGCUCGCUGUUCGCCCCGGUGUGUCUGCCGGAGCUCAGCGGGCCGCUGAGCCCCUGCAGGAGCCUGUGCGAGGCGGUGCGGGACGGCUGCGUGCCCGUGAUGAGCGCCUUCGGCUUCCCCUGGCCCCAGAUGUUCAACUGCAGCCGCUUCCCCCGGGGAACCGAGCUGUGCAUCCCGGCCACCGGAGAGCAGGAGGGACGGACGGCGGAGGAGGUCCGACACGAGGAGGCGCUGAAAGGGAGUGUUAUCUGUGAUGCCUGCAGUCUGGCUGCUGAAGGAGAAACUGACAUCCAGGAGAACUUCUGCCACAGUCCAUACGCAUUUAAGAUGCGUCUGGGCAGCGUGUCAACAGUGGGAGGCGACCGUCAGCUGGUGCCUACGGCCCGCAGCCGCAUCCUGAGGUGGGCAGGGGGAGGUGCAGAGAGGGCAGAGGAGGUUGGAGGCGCGAUGGCCCAUAGCGCUUUGUGGCUGCAAGAAGGAGGCACUUGUACUUGUCCUGGUUUGGACUCUGCAGAGACAAACAAAGACGGAGGGUUGGAGGAGGAACAGAUCGACAGGAGACUGGCUAAAGAAGGAGGAAAGGUGGGAAACGGGGUCCAGAGCGGAUGGUUCCUUGCACUGGCUCAGGCUGAUGAGGGAAGACUGGUGCUGACUCGACUGGUGAGGUGGAGCAGAGGGGACAAAGAGCUGAAGAAGUUCAUCAGAGCCCUCCUUAAGCAGCCCUGUCCAGAGCUUUAAGCGGCAACUACUGCAAGUCUGUCCUGUGGAUGUUACUUUAUGGUUGUAAGCAGUCUGAAACUGUGCCGCUAAUAGCAACACUUACAGAGUCCAUAAAAUCCAAAGAACAAAUAGAUAACAAGUCAGGAAUCACAUGCUGAUUAAAGAACAGCUAAAAGGUCCUAAAUAACAGCAAAUAAGUCACCUGAGCGUAGAUGAUCCUAAAUGCUCCCUGUGCAAAAUGAAUGCCUUUUUCUAGUAAAACAGAGGAUCAGGCAAGCAUGAUUAUUAAUUCAUGAAAGACUUGCUGUAAUCACCAGUUAUGCCUUAAUUCUGUGAAUGUCACUCAACAAGGGAUCCUGAGACAUUAAGAAAGUACAGUUACAGCUGGGGACGUAUUUGUAUAUUUGUGUACAUACAAGAGACAAAAUGUAACCCAUUAAUCCAAUUAUUUACUGAAUUAAAGAGAUGAGUGCAAAGGUGUCAACUAAUAACAUCAUGUGUGUUAUUGGUACUUAUCUGCGGGGAAGCAGUGUCAUUGUUGUUAUUCCUGUACUGAUAAGUUUUUUUUUCAUGCUAUGUAUUGUAUCAAAAUACCUUAUUACUGUGCUUUCACACACAUUAAGGCUGUAGCAUAAAUAUAAUAGACAUUUAUGUUACUAUUAUUUGAUGUUUUUCUUUCACUGCAGCUUAAAUCUCACAGCUGUAAUUUAAUAAGUGAAAACAACGUGGAAUGACAUGACAGCGACAAAAAAAAAAAAACAGAAGAGAAGCACUGAAAAGGAAGAAAGGAUGGGAAAUGUGAUAUCAUGUGAACAAUAAAUUUGGGUUUGGUCUA